AGGAUCGCGGAAAUUUCUUAAGACAGAAUCGGAGCUUUCAGUGGAGCCCCCACCUUUCUUCAUCAGUCAUUCCCGGUUCAGUUUACCUUUGAUGGGCCUACUGUUAGCACCCAGUGAUUGGCAGCCAAUAGAAAUCGAUUCCUCUAAUUAUAUGCGUUCAUCGAUGUUACAUCGCGACCUCUUUCAGUAUUCUUCAAGUGUACGCUCUGUGCGGAGGUCUCGACAUAUCGUCAAAGGUAGGUCCAAAGUCAGUUGA